AUGAGCGAGACUUUCUCCAUGCAGGAAGUGUAUCUGCACAACUACCUGCAUCUGGUUGGCAUCAGCAUAUUUUAUUACGAUUACCUCAUCACUUUUAGAGACGAAUACUCGAGGAUCUGGUCAAAGCCAAAGUCGAAAGUCUCCAUCAUGUUUUUUGUCAAUCGUUAUGUCACUUUCUUUGGUGAUAUCGCUGUCAAUUGGGGCAAUUUUUACCACUUCAAGACCGAUGAAAGGUUUAUACAUACAUGCAUGGCGUCACCCAUUGACCUCAAUCUCUUGCUACGCACGUACGCUCUUUACCGACGAGACAAACGCGUGUUAGCGUUGAUCCUGGCGACAGGCUUGACAUUAUUGGGUCUCAGCUGUUGGGCUGUCAUAGGGUCACAAGAGGAUAUUGACCUAAACGGUGGAUGUCACACGGCUGCCCCCAGAGUAACAGCAAUCCGCACUGCCGUCGCUUGGGAGGCGCUAUUCAUCUACGACAUCCUCAUAUUCUCCCUGACCGUGUUCAAGACGUUCAAGGAACGGUCCAGGAACGUGGUCACGGUUGGGAAGUUCGACGUCGUAUCGCUAAUCUUCCGGGACGGUGCGAUGUACUUCGCGAUCAUGGCGUCGGUGAACCUCGCGAACGUAGUGACGUUUUAUGUCCUCACGCCCCUCCUCCGCGGCGUGUUAUCCACGUUCGCGAGCAGCGUCUCGGUGACUAUGAUGACGCGCCUGAUGCUGAACCUCCACGAGGGGAUCUACGCGCCCAGCACGACGCUCAACCCCUCCACCGAAAACUCCACGACGCUCCUCUUUACGUCGCGCUUCGCCAUCGACGCUGCACAGGUCGAGGAGAGCGCGCUACAAGGCGCGGACCGGAACGCAUACGACGACCCCGACGCAGACCCCGACGAGAUCCGGGAAGUGGAGAUCGUCGAAAUGCACGACAUGCAGCCACGACGGCGCAAUAGAGAUGCAGACGAGGUUGUGUAG